AAGGACAGCAGCAGGAUGAAUUGGACACAUGAACUUUUCUCCAAUCUGUCACUAAGGAGUGAGAAUGACACAGAGGUGAUGGCUGAUGACAUUUUAAUGGAGACUUCUCUUCCUACUCAGACAGAGGAGACAUUUGUCAAGUAUAGUUUUCAGGUCCCAAUCGAAGCCUAUGCAUUCCUGGGUGCUGUGGUGUGUUUUAUGCUGCUGCUGCUCGUCUUCUUUCUGUACCUCAACAAACAGCUGUGCUUCAAGGAUUGUGGAGGCUUCCCAUGUAUAGACAGGCCCAAGGACAAGAAGGAUAAAGUUAAAGAAUUGGGUACUGCCUAUGCAUAUGAAAAUGACACAUCAAGUGACAGUGAUGACGAGGUGUUGCGUAGAUACCAGAUGGGGCUACAGAGGUCAUCAAGUGUCCACAGUAAAGUAGGGAAAUCAAAAGACAAUGGUCACCGCUCAGAAGAGGAAAAGAAGGUUGUGGAAAAAGACUUGAUAUCACUGAAUGACCAAGGGGAUGGCCAUAAUCCUAGCCACAAGAGUGAGAGUGACCUGAGUUCUACAGCAGCAUCACCCCACCAUGAAGACAGGGGUGACAUGCCAGGCUAUGACAAUGCUGGCUUUGAGGGAAGCCCCACUAAAGGCGCCCAGAGUGAUACCAGGCCUCCUGGGGCAGCAUCGGAUGAGAAUCUCUUUGAUGUAAGUGACAUUCUUCAACCUGAGCCUCCUCUUAUAUCUAAAUGUGGGAGUAUAGAAGUGUCAUUUAGCUACGAUGCUGCCAAACAAAGGAUGAACGUUGGAAUCAUCCAAGCCAAAGACAUUCCGACCAGAGAGAGGGGAGGAGCCAACCACACACAAGUGAGACUACUGCUGCUGCCUAGCAAGAAACAGAGACACAAAACUAGAGUAAAGACAGGAGAGGAUCCAAUAUUUCAGGAAGAGUUUCUAUUCACCAAGAUUGCUCCAGAGGAGGUGAAUGACAUGGGUGUUCGUAUCCGUCUGUAUGGAACAGAAAGGAUGAGGAGAGAGAGGAUGAUAGGGGAGUGUAUCAUAGGGUUUGCCUCACUCAGCCUGGAAGGAGAGAACACACACUGGGUCAACUUGGAGCCGAGGAGUAAUCUCAGCCAUGGUGAGUCUGGGUUUGAUAUGUCCAGUCUGUCGCGCAGUGACAGCGCGUCGUCCACGCAAUCCAUGCAGCAUGGCGGCAUGCCUGAGCUGCUGCUGGGAUUGGCUUACAAUGGCACCACGGGACGGCUGUCUGUGGAGGUGAUCAAGGGAAGCAACUUCAGAAACAUGGCCAUGAACAGAGCUCCAGAUACUUAUGUCAAACUUACACUGAUGUCUCCAAAUGGACAGGAAAUCACAAGAGCAAAGACGUCAAUUCGUAGAGGGCAGCCUAAUCCGUUAUUUAAGGAGACAUUUAUGUUUCAAGUGGCAUUGUUUCAGCUUCCUGAUGUGACAUUAAUGGUGUCAGUGUACAAUAAGAGGAGCAUGAAAAGGAAAGAAAUGAUUGGAUGGUUUUCACUGGGUAUGAACAGCAGCGGAGAGGAGGAAAUCUCACAUUGGAACGACAUGAGGGAGAGCCGAGGAGAGACGGUUUGCAGGUGGCACGUGUUACUGGAGCCUUGAUCCGAGCAGGGACUGUGACUCUCUCUCCUGACAUCUUUUUAAGUAGUCUUGGCACUCAAGGAGGCAGAUUUCACAUCUGUGGGUUUAGUCUUCUUUUUAGUCUGAUAUGGCAAUCUGGUUAAAAAUAUUUUAUGUAAUGGAUGGUAGGUACCAGUUUUUCACUUUAUGGCUUUUAUCUGGUUUUAGAUAAGGUCUGGGUGGAAUAACAUGGAAUAAGGAGAAAAAGGUGAAACAAUCAGCAAAAUCUGAGACUCUCUUUAGACAGUGUAGAUCUGAGACUCUCUUUAGACAGUGUAGUCAUCUUAUUGUUGACAUUCAGUACAGCAACAGACUUUCUAAGAAUGUUUUCACUUUUUGGAAUAUUUGUGAUUUGGCUGUGCCAACAUUUAUUAAAUGUAUUAUCAUCAAAUUAUGUACAAGGCACAAGUAGGAAACUGGAAGGGUGUGUUUGGAAUCAAAAUCCCCAAUGUAACUGUGCAAAAUAAGGUGAUGGUUCGACAUCUGUAUUGUUAAUAAGAGAUUAUAUACAUGUAGUUGUAAAACAUAACAAGGCAUUUAAUUUCUUUUAUACAAAGUUUUAUUUGGUAUUAAGAAAGUCAAGUUACAUUUAAGUUUAUAAUAUCUUUUCUUUUACUAAUCUAAAUUAUUUAAUGGUUCUUCUUUUUUAUGAAUAAUAUUUUAAUCAAUUGAAGAAAUAUACUUCAUUGUUUAAUUUAAAAAAUAUUCUCUAGCUAGGAUAACUAGUCAACUAUGUAUUGAGCAAGUUGCAAAGUGAAAAGGAAUGCAGUUCUUUUAGAGUUCACAUUAUUGUAGUUCUGCUAUCUGAUAAUAACAUACUUGUUUACAAUGUAAAUGUUUAAAAUGUAUUCAGUAGUAAAUGCUUUACAAUUGUGAUGUUUAUUAACUGCGGGGACAUCUUGAUAUUUAAGAUAACUGGUAAGUUAUUGUCUUACUGUUUUUAAAGUGCAAUCUGGCAAGGGUAGAUAGAUAUGAAAUCAGAAGAAUGAGUGUAAAUCUCUUUGAAUGCCAUUAUGUAGGUAUCGUUUGAAUAGUACAUGUGGAGGUGAUUUUGUUUGUAAUUAUUUUUUAAGAUUCCACAAUUGCAUAAUGUUUCAAGAAUUCCAACAAUUUUACAUUUUAUUGGGUAGAGAUUUGUAAGUGUUUACUAAAUUGAAUUUAAUGAAAUUUUGAUUUUAAUGAAGGGUACACCAUAAACAUUUAAAGAACUCCACCAAGUUUCUGUUUUAUGCAAAGGUACAUAAUAUAUCUGUGAAGAAUGUUUGAAAUAAUAUACAUAGACAUUUAUUAUUAAUACCUUAGUAUAUUUUAUCAAUACCUUGUAUUUUAAAUUGGGACAUUAAUGUUUAAAACACAAAUGCAAUCAGUCAAGUAACAGUUGUGAUUUCAUUGUGUUAGUGAAGCUUACAACACAAUUUAUCACAAUUCAGUGAUAGUAUCUGUAUUUUAUCUCCUCCAGAAUGAAAAUGACUCUAUCCUACAGCAGUUCUGUUAAAUGCACUGUUCAUGUGAAGUUCUUGAGUGCAAAUUGAGAUAAAUUGUUCUCUGUCUCACUUAGGAGAGGAGCUGGGCUAGGGCAGUCUUGGGAAGGGUAGGCACACAAGCCUGAGAGUAUAGGUUUAUGUUGAAAAUCAAAUGUGGUCCAUGCACAAAGGUAUAAAUAAUGUGGUUUGGGAGUAAAAGAAAAAAAUCUAUGUGUAAAAAAUUGUUUGGGAGUGAAAUUUUAAACCAUUUUGAAGAAGUUGUACCUGACCUGACUGAGAUUGGCCUCUGGCUUGAGUACGUUUUCUCCAUGAACUUAACCCCCAGACUGAAAGAAAGAAAUAACCUGAGUAAUAUUUGAUGAGUUUAAAACAAGCUUCUAUCAGUACAAAUAAGUUUGUUGAUAUUAAGAUUUGUUACUCUGCUUCCAUUGUGCAAUGAUGGAGAAAUGGCAUCCAAGUUUUCUGCUGUUAGUGUUAAAAUUAUUAAUUGUUUAAAAAAAAUUCUCAUUCUCUAAUGUUAUUCACUUGCUCACUAAAACCAAAUGUGGGGUCUGGGCUGAAAUGAUUUCAAACUUUAUAUCAAUUUCUAAAACACAUAUUUCUUUUUUAUUCAACAGUAUAGUUUUCUGUCAUUUUUGUGGCGUGUAAUUGCAUUCCAAUGAUUUUGAAAACAAUAUUGUUUGUUGUGGCUUUUUAUGCAAAUAUAUCUUCUUUAUAAUAAAUUAUUGUAUCACUACAUGAAUGUUACAAGGCGGUUUUAAUAUUGACUGGGUUAGAAAUGAAUGCUGAUAGAUUUUAUUCAGCCCUUGAGUGAUUUUAUAAUUCUUCAUGUGAUGUAUGUUGUAGAUGCUGUUGCUUGAGCAACAUACUUAUAGGUGGCAGCAAAGUCUGCAGGCAUUCCAGGAGAUUUAUUUUCUUUUUUUAGGGUCCAGUGGACCAGUUAAAAAAGUAUCUUUUCAAGUUGUGGAUGAUAGUCAGUGCAGGUCAUUACAAGUUGCACUUCAUUUUUCCAUUCUUAUUCAUUUGUGUCUAUUGGUUCUUUAAUUGGUCUAACGUAGAAAAUAUGUUAUAUACUUCAUAUUUAAUAUGCCAUGUCAUGAGAAGUACAUAUUUUUCAAUAUCAUAAGCUGUCAUUUUAUCUGUUCAGUAUUUAUGACUUUAUUACAUUGCCUCUUUAACUUGUUAGAUUUAUGGGGAGGUUCUUUGAGAUUGUAAAAACACCUGUGAAAUCCAAACCUAAGUAGGAUCCAAUAAUUAAACCGGUUCCUAACCCGAAGAUAUUAUGAAAUAAAAUAUAUGCAUGUUGA